UUCUAUACUUUGUCUAUGAGGGUAUUAGAAAAACUGAAUUCUAGCUAUGCAUGUUGAUGGAAAAUGGCCUAAAUGCAAUGGGUUCUAAGGCUUUAAAGCAGGAUUGGGCUCAUUCAUUCAAAACAUGUGCAUAAAGAUUACCGUUCACUGGAAAGUCAUCUAUCUGCCAAGCUUAGAACAGAGAAAGAGGGCUAUGAGUUAUGUAAAAGAGUUGUGUCUAAUUAGGGAACAUACAUACAGUGCAUUCAUAUUUGAAAACGCAACAUGUUCUGGAAGUGAUUAAGAGCAUUAGCUAGUGCCUUAAAAAAAACUGCAUACAGCAUGCCCAAAAAGACUUUUCUCAAGGGAAAUUUUGCAAUAUAUAUUGUUGGGCAGUGACUUAAAGAUAGCUUACCAAGAAUUUGUUCUUUCCCCUACAUGACAUCUGGAAUAGCCCCAAAUGCUUCCCAGGAGAGGUAGUGGAUUUACUUCUAUUUCUAAAGAGGAUCAUAACUUUCCAAAGAUUCAUGAAAGCAUAUGAGAUUUAUAAUAUUUAUUCUCAGCCAUAUAUGAGACUGCCAGUACAUAUGAAGAUUAAAUAACUUCUCUGGAGUCACUCGGGUUUUAAACUUGAAUCCAAGCAGUUUGAGUCCAAACACAUGCUUUUAAUCAGGACACAGUCCUGCUUAUAUAAAAUAAAAUAUUACAGUCCUUCUCUGGCAAGCACAAUGCUUCCUUCAUAUAUCUUAAGUCUAGAAUUGGCCUUGCUACUUGGCUUAAACUCGUUAGAUUAUUAGUUUAGGAAUGCAGAUUGCUUACAGAGUCCGACUAGAUGGUAAACAUUUUCUCUUCUGUUCACAUCACACAAAGCUGUGGUUUCCCCCGUAGACGUUUUCCUUUGUUUUCUCAAAUACUUGAGGGACACAGCACCGUUAUGAGAACAGACGUGUCACCUGUACCAAAGCCAAAGGCGUCUUAGAAUAAUCACUUUCAGUUGGAAUCAGAGUCUUUGAGAAUGUACAUUGGAUAUGAGAAAGGGCUUUGUCCGGGUCUUCAGUGCAGAAUACUGUGGCAGGCAAUCAUGUGAAUGGAAGGAGGGAGCUGCUGAUUUGGGAUUAAGGCACUCUCAUACAGGCAAAGGGGAGUAGGGGGAGGGCAGAUGUGGGGUGGGGAGUUGGUGGAGGGGUAAUCAGGAAAUGGGAUAUCAUUUGAGAUGUAAAUGAAUGGAAUGAUUAUUAAAAAAAAAAAAAAAGCUUAGGUAAGGACCUGAUGCAUACUUAAAGGACAGCAGUGUUACUAACCCAGUGAGGUUGUCCUGAUUCUUUUUCUCUAGGUGUUCUGGUUUUUAAUGUUAGUUUUUGCUAGUCAGUAAGAUAUGAGGUGAGCUAUAUUGAAUAUUUUUGUAGACUAAUUACUCCUCAAAUAUAUUAAAAGCUACAAGUUUCCAACCUCUGGUUUUUAUAGAUCAGGGGUGGGCAUGGAUAUGACCAGUCCAGGGAAGGGUACAGUUCUUGCAGAGAAUGGAACCUUGAGGAAAUGGGGGAAGGGAGACUAGGAGGUGAGUCAAGUGGAAAGGAAGGAGGAUGGGGUUGAGCAGUAGUUACGAGGAGACUAUAAACAAAGUCAAGACAUGGACAGGUGAGCUCUCCCCCACCAGCAGUACUGUAAUUCAGAAUGUCUUUACCCGUUUGGUAGCACCCUACAGCCUAGGGUGGAGGUGAGAGGUGAGUUGGAACAGAGGCCCAGGAGCCUGCUUCAAGUGGGAGAAGGUCAGCAGGACUUGACUGACUGACCUUAAUAAAAGUCACCAAGAAAGUUGCGGUAACCGGGUGUACCAGGCACAUGAAAAUAAGAGACAGCAUCUACAAUGCUCAGAGUCGGAACAGGGAGGAUCAUGCAUGAGCUCUGGACUCUUCUAAAGAAUAAGUGACUAGAUCUAGUUGUGCACCAACAGGUACUAGAUCAUCUUGGUUUUAUUAGUACAAAGCGUUGGUAUGCCAUGUAAUUCCAGUACUCAAAGGGCUGACACAGGAGGUGUUUUGCAAGUCUGAAGCAAGCCCGGGCUACAUAAUGAUUUCAGUGUCACCCUAGGAGACACAGAGAAAUCCUGUCUCAAAAAAAGGAACAUUGAGCCUUUCUCUCAGGCCCGUGGCACUGGCAAGAUGGGCAAGUGUCGUGGUCUCCAUACUGCCUGGAAGCUCUGCAGUCACCGACGGGACCAGAAGUGGCAUGCUAAACAGUACAAGAAAGCUCACUUGGGCACAGCCUUGAAGGCCAAUCCGUUUGGGGGUGCCUCUCAUACAAAGAGAAUUGUGCUGGAAAAAGUAGGGGUUGAAGCCAAAAAGUCAAAUUCUGCUAUCAGAAAGUGUGUCAGAGUGCAGCUCAUUAAGAACAGCAAGAAGAUCACAGCACUCGGGCCCAGUGAGGGAUGCUUGAACUUCAGUGAGGAAAAUGAUGAAGUUCUGGUUGCUGGAUUUAGUGGGAAAGGCCCUACUGUGGGUGCUAUUCCUGGAGUCUGCUUUAAGGUUGUUAGUUAGCCAAUGUGUCUCCUUUGGCUCUGUACAAAGGCAAGAAGGAAAGACCAAGAUCAUAAAAUUUGACAAUGGAAACACAAUAAUAAAUUUUCAUAUUCUAAAAAAAAAAAAGGAACAUUGAACAUAGCCUAGAGUGCAUGUCUUUGAUCUCAGCACUCCAGAGGUAGAGGCAGGUAGAUCUCUGUCACUUUGAGGCCAGCCUGGUCUACAAAGUGAGUUCCAUGACAGCAGGACCAUGCCAUGAAAAACUGUUUUAAGAGGGGAAAAGGGGAUGGGGAGGAGGGGAAGAACAUGGCUUGCUUGGAUUUUUAUCUUCCUGGAAAUAGUUCUCUCAGACUGGCUAUCUCUAGGCCAGGCUCACAGUCAAGCUACGAGGCCCCUUGAUGUCAUCCAAGCCUCCUCUUUACUUUUUCCUGUGGUGGAACUUAUUUCCUGGACUCAUACUUUGUUCAUUCUUCCUUCACACCCUUGUUUGGUAAGUGUAUCUUCUGAUGUCUUUUCAUGAAAGGAGGCAUAGGAGGUCAAUUCUUGAGACUAAAGACAACAA